CCUCCCUCCCUCCCCACCUUGCCGAAAAACUUCAUCCCUCAUCUUCUUCCUCAACAAGAGCACCAUUUUCUCAAAUGACCAAAUUCUCAUCACUUCCCCCCCUCCUCCUCUUCCUCCUCCUCUCCUUCCUCUCCCCUGGUUCAAAGGCGGCUUCUUUCACCCUCACAAACAACUGCGGCUACACCGUAUGGCCCGGCAUCCUCUCCGGCGCCGGCACUCCGCCGCUAUCCAUCACCGGCUUCGUCCUCAACUCCGGUCAAUCUCGCUCCCUCGACAUCCCUCCCUCCUGGUCCGGCCGUCUCUGGGGCCGCACCUACUGCUCCACCAACGAAUCAACCUCCUCCUUCUCCUGCCUCACCGGCGACUGCAACUCCGGCCAACUCGAGUGCUCCGGCAGUGGCGCCUCCCCUCCCGCCACCCUCGCUGAAUUCACCCUCGACGGCAGCGGAGCCAGGGAUUUCUUCGACGUCAGUCUCGUCGACGGCUAUAAUCUCCCCAUUCUCGUCUCUCCGAUCUCCGCCGUAUCUUCCUCCGGCUACAAUUGCACGUCUACCGGCUGCCUCGUCGACCUCAAUGGACUCUGCCCCUCGAAUCUGAAAGUCGACUCCGGCGGGCGGAGCGUGGCCUGCAAGAGCGCCUGCGAAGCCUUCGGGAAGCCGGAGUUCUGCUGCAGCGGAGCUUAUGGAAGUCCGAACACCUGCAAACCAUCUUCUUACUCUCAGAUCUUUAAGAACGCUUGCCCGCGAGCUUACAGCUACGCUUAUGACGAUGCUACCUCUACUUUCACUUGCCCCACCGGCGUAAACUACAUCAUCACUUUCUGCCCCAAUACCUCGAGCCAGAAAGCAGGGGAGAACGAUCCGCGGGCAGCUGCGGUACCGCUGAUCAACGAUACGAUGGUGUUCUUGGGUCCGGCGAGCGGCGGCGCGAUGGCGAAUACGAGGCGUUUCGCCGCGUUGGCGUUGGCCACCGCUUUAUCGGCGUUUUGG